AUGGCUUACGACGACAGAGACACGAUAGUCGUGAGUGGCGAAAAUGCACUUGAGCCACAAGAGAGUGUAUCAGAGUACUCUCUUCCAUUAUCGGUGCCCGAUCAAGGGCUUGAUGAUGGCUCGCACCCCAUUGUUGAUCAGCUGCCAGACGCGUCUGCAUCAUCACCAGCUCAGCAGGAGACAAGCACAGCAUCUACGUCAAAGGGCAUCAAGAAAGCAAAAAGCAAAAAGAGAGUUGUCGUGAAGAAGGCGGCGAGAAAAUCAAAAUGGAACCAAGACAACAUCUUGACGGAUCCGAAAUCACCUCUCGCUUCGGCGGAUCUCAGAAGUAUACUGUCAAAUCCCAUGGCCUGGGAAAUUCUAGAAAAUGAAGAGAGGGCAGAAAUACUAGCACUCUUCCCAGAUUCUCAGCACAUCCUCGGUGCUGGCACAGAAGACGCCUGUCCUGAUUUUGCAUCGCUCAUGAAUGAUGACAGCUUUCGCUAUGACUGUGCUGCCUACACAGAGAACAUCGCUCAAGGGCGACACGACCCCGAAUGGCUGGCUCAGGCUUGGGCAGCCCACGAGAGGCGGAAGAUGGGUGAUUUCGACGAGCACCUGGACAACAAAUUCAAGGACGACUGGGACGUUGACCUCCCACCAGAGCUCAAGACAACACGAAGCCCUUCUGUAUCAAAAGAAGAGAAUGACGUCAAAAUGCAAGGCACCGAGCAUGUGACCAACGGAAACGAGGAUCAAGCGGAAGCCAGCAUGGCAAACCACACAGGCACUUCAAAUGAGCCGGACCCAGAGCCUGAGAAAGAUGCUAGGGCAAAUGAGCUACCAAAAGAUGAUGCUGCGCAAGAGAUAUCAUUGUGCAUAGCUACUGGCCACCAAAAUCCUGGGAUGGAGAUUGAUGGUGAAGGCGCAACGAAUGAGCCGGUCGCGUUGUGA